AUGUGGCUCAAAUCAGCAGUCUCGCGCUGCUGCCGAAUCACCAGUAGCAAGACUGGUGCUUGUGUUGCAGGAAAGAGGUCUAUGGGCCUCGAGCCCAAUGGGGGCGAGGCGACCGACGCGAAGAAGGACGUAGAGGAAGCCCAGGUUACGCCAGGGUAUGGUGAUGGCACUGGGUACUGGAAUAAAAGGUACCGCGCUGAUCCGGCGCCCUUUGAAUGGCUGGAAAGCUUCGUUGAGCUCGAAAGCCUCAUCAAAGAGGCAACGACCGGCAGACUGGAUGCCGCCAUUCUCCACGUGGGCUGCGGCAACUCGCUGCUGCCCGAAGCCAUGUAUGACCACGGAUAUAAGGACAUCACCAACAUAGACAAUGCCGAGGUAUGCAUACAGCAGAUGGCAACCAGGAACAAGACCAUUCGACCUGAGCUGAAAUGGCUAGAGAUGGACGCCACCUCUACAGGCUUGUCGGAGAGCAGCUUCGACACUGUGAUUGACAAGAGUGUCCUAGAUACGUUUGCUUGCGGUGCAAAGAGUGCUCAGACCGCGUGGCACGUGCGACCACCCCAGCUGCUUGAACAGAGUCGCGGGGCGUACGCCACUUGCGUGCUUUGUUUGCUGACGAUCAUAUUGGCAGGCCUUUUGCUUUGCACGCUUCACACCUUUGGAAUUGUGGCAUCUGCUGAUACCAGCCGAUGUCCACAGGAUUUCUUGGGGAGAUAUGCGGGAUGCCAAGCGCGACAAGACAUCAAAGCACUGUUAAGUUUUGUGCUUGGCACUUUGGUGAUUGUGGCUACUCCAGGUCCAUGGUCUCCGGAGCUUUCAAGCUCAAUGGCUCAGGGAAACAUGCGUGACACCCUAUUGUACUUCAGAUUGCUCGCAGCAGAGCUGAGCGAAAAGAAUGUGCUAGUCGCACUUACCGGGGAGUUGCCUCGUGAUUCACGGCUCAGGGUGGAGUACUUCAAGGGCAAAGGGCUGAAUUUCGCCAUCAAACAGGUGCCAAUCCCUGUGAAGAUCCCAGGUGGAAGUGUCCACUAUGCGUAUUUGCUGCGGAAGGGGGUGACCGGAAGGCCUUGA